AUGGCUCUCCCAAUCCUUCAAAGAGUUGAUCGAUUGGGAAUUCCAGUUCAAGUCGCCGUCCUCUCGCUGUGUCGCCAUUUCAUCGAAAGUCCGCUCUUGAGGGACCGAUAUCUGGUAGCCAGCUCGAUCAAUCCUGAGCUACUCCCUCGCGAUCUAGGCUUCGCAGUUUGCGUCGCGAGAGAUGUAGUACGGGGUCUUGGAGUUGAAGAGUUAUCUUCUCUCCCAAAUUCAUUGCCGCUCGAAACUUCAUUUUCGCUCCAAAUCGGUGCAAAAUUUGGUUCACGCAUGUGCGUUGCAUUUACCUUGGGUACCACCCCGGGGUCUCGUGGGAUAGAAUGUAUGCCAUUUGCUUGCGCACUCUCAGCAGUCGUUGCGGCUUUGGUCUCUUCUACCGAUCAAAAGAAAUUCGAGUUAGCCACUUGCGAGAAUGUCGCGCUUAAGCUGCAAUUCCCAACCGGCGCUCUUCUCCAUACUAUGUAUGCGGGACACAAGACUAACUGGAAUAGAUCCGUCCCAACUGCCGACCAGAUCCUCGUCCCAGAGACCCUCUUGAAGAAGCGCAAGAGCCAGGAGAAGGCCAGAGAGGAGAAGUCCGCCGAGCUUGAGAAGAAGAAGAAGGCCCAAAAGGAGAAGCGUGGUGUCAUCUUCAAGCGUGCCGAGAAGUACGUCAAGGAAUACCGCGACCAGGAGCGUGAGAAGAUCCGCCUUGCCCGUGUUGCCAAACAAGACGGCUCUUUCUAUAUCCCAGCCGAGGAGAAGUUGGUCUUCGUUGUCCGUAUCAAGGGUAUCAACAAGAUCGCACCAAAGCCCCGAAAGAUCCUCCAACUCCUUCGCCUUCUCCAAAUCAACAAUGGUGUCUUUGUUCGCAUGACCAAGGCUACCCUGGAAAUGUUGAAGGUCGUUGAGCCAUGGAUCGCUUACGGAUAUCCUAACCUCAAGACCGUCCGUGAGCUCAUCUACAAGCGCGGAUACGGAAAGGUCGAGAAGCAACGUAUUGCUCUUACCGACAACGCUAUCAUCGAGAACAGCCUUGGCAAGUAUGGCAUCGUCUGCAUGGAGGAUUUGAUCCACGAGAUCUUCACCGUUGGUCCAAACUUCAAGCAAGCCGCCAACUUCCUCUGGCCAUUCAAGCUCAGCAACCCAACUGGUGGUUUCCGCUCAAGAAAGUUCCGUCACUUCGUAGAGGGAGGUGAUCUCGGCAACCGUGAGGACAAGAUCAAUGCCUUGAUCAGACAAAUGAACUAA